AGAAGAUGAUGACAAGAGUCCCACCAACGUGGAAACACAAUUUACUUUAGAAAUUCCAAGUCUCAAUGUAGCCUCCCAAAACCAAUAGAUUCCAAGAACAUUCCUCUUUCACCUUUAACCUUUAAACCAUGCCAAUCAACGUCUAAUCUAAUCUUGCCCCAAAUCCAACGGCUCUAAUACUGUAAUACCUCCACGUGUCCAAUCUAAAUUCAAUAAGCCACCACCACCACAAGUGUAUAUAUAUUAAUAGUCCGAAGAAACAACAAAGUACCACAGUAGAAAUGGCGGACACGACAGCCUCAUCUGAUCCCAGGGACGUGAACUCGGAGCUCCGAUCGCCACUUCUGGAGCCGGGUAAGAAAUCAUCAGAACCCGAGAAGCUCUGCAUCGACGAGAUGCUCCGGAUGUAUUGCGGCGAGUUUGGGUGGUGGCAAUUGAAGCACUUCGUGUUGACGAGCCUCGCUUGGGCUCUGGAGGCUUUCCACACCAUGGUCAUGAUCUUUGCGGACCGUGAACCCGGUUGGAGCUGCGUUUCUGGGUCGGGUUGCGAUGCCACGGCAAAGACCGUUUGUGGGUUCGAACCGGGCUCGUGGGAGUGGACCGGCGGCUCGUCUAGCUCGACUAUUUCGGAGUGGGGUUUGGUUUGUGGAUACAAGUAUAGAGUUGGGCUCGCCCAAGCCUUCUUUUUUGGCGGCUGCAUGAUAGGUGCCGGAAUAUUUGGUCAUCUCUCAGACUCCAAAUUAGGAAGAAAAGGCUCCCUAACAGUAGUUUGUAUCUUAAACGCUCUCUUUGGUUGCUUGACAGCAUUUUCCCCAGACUACUGGACUUAUGUCCUACUUCGCGUACUAACUGGUUUCAGCACAGGCGGUGUUGGCCUUUGUGCUUUCGUCCUUGCCACCGAACCUGUUGGCCCCACAAAGCGCGGCGUUGCUGGUAUGUCCACAUUCUACUUCUUCUCAACCGGAAUUGCAUUACUCUCUGGCAUAGCCUAUAUUUUCCGGUCAUGGCGUACCCUUUAUAUCGCUUCUUCCAUUCCCUCCCUUCUCUUUCUUGUCAUUGUCCUUCCUUUUAUCUCUGAGUCUCCAAGAUGGUACCUUGUUCGAGGAAAAGUAAAGGAAGCCAUGACACUUAUGCACAACAUAGCUAAAACCAAUGGAAAACACCUUCCUGAUGGAGUUGUGUUGGCACUUGAUGAAGAAACAAAUAAAGAUUCAAACUAUGAACAGCCUUGCAAGGAGCAAUUGGAAAUUAAAGAAGCAAUAAGUGGUUCUCUCAUAGAUGUUGUUCGAUCACCAAUCACUCGUACCCGUCUAGUUCUAGCUGUGGCCAUUAACUUCUUGUGCUCGGUUGUAUACUAUGGUCUUAGCCUAAAUGUUGUCAACCUUAAAACCAACCUUUACCUCAACGUGCUCCUUAAUGCAGUGGCUGAAAUGCCAGCUUUUACAAUCACGGCAGUUUUGUUGGACAAGUUUGGCAGGAAGCCAUUGGCAAUAGGGACAUUAUGGUUUAGUGGAUUUUUCUGCUUUUUGGGAAGCUUAAUGACCAGUGUUGGAAUAUGGAAGAUAGUGAGGAUGGCCUGUGGGAUUUUGGGAAUUUUUGGGAUGGCUGGGACUUACAACUUGUUGUUUAUUUAUACAGCUGAACUGUUUCCAACAGUGGUUAGAAAUGCAGCACUAGGAUGUGCAACACAGGCAGCGCAAAUGGGAGCAAUAUUAGCACCAUUUGUUGUGGUUUUGGGUGGUGGGUUGCCAUUUGUAGUGUUUGGAGUGUGUGGGACUUUGGGAGGGAUACUUGCCUUUUACCUGCCAGAGACAUUACAUAAGCCAUUGUAUGACACUAUGGGAGGAAUGGAGGAUGGAGAAAGUGCUUGCAGAGUUGUGUGAAGAUGUUCACCGUGUGUGUACUUUUUGCUUCUUUUUUUGUACUUCUACGUUCAUCAGAAUAUGCAUGUAAGCUUCUAAUGA